AAGAUACCAGUGGUAUUGAUGAUUUGGUUCUGCCUCUUAUGAUACCAUCUUGUCUGCUUCUUUUGACUGUUCUAUCCUUGUCUACCUGCAACUAUUAUAUUAUCAAAUAUUGACUUGCGACCAUGUCCCAAGAGCAGCAAUAUUGGCUUCCUGGCUUUGGUCUUUCUCGUCAUAUUGUUCUUGGACAUAUUCAGUACUUUCUCGGUCCAAACGCCUCCGUAAGGCCGUUUACAUAUCAGGGUCGUGAAGGCUAUUUAAUCAAUGGAAUGCCUUUGACACGUGAGCAAAUCAACGAUCUGGCUGUGAUGUCUCGGGAAUACGAACGUCAAGAGGCCGCCAGAAUGACCCAUGCCGGCAUGGAAAGCUCAUCAGAACCAUACAUUAAUGAACCAAUUCCAGUGAGCCAGCGUCCUCGAAGACGGGUUCAACAUUUCGAUAACCGUCGAAACCGCUGAAUGUACAGGAAAUCCUUUAAGGAAGAUAGGUGUGAAUAUCUGGUUAUGCAUGGUUCCUUCUAGAAAAAGGAGAAAUGAAUGAGAGAGGCCUGCAUGUAUAUUUCUCGAUCUCAUUUCAUUGGCACAUCUUAUUAUCAAUACGUAACAAGGGCGAGCUCUCUUGUUAUUGUUAUCUUUUUGCCGGGAUCACAGUACCGCUGGCUUCUCCUGCAU